AUGAUUUUCAAGUUGUUAAUUUUAUUCGGAGCUCUUUGUGCAAUUUAUUAUUUAAGAAGGUUAUAUAAUGAAUUUUACUGGAAAAAACGUGGUGUGAAGUUUUAUACAAAAGGUAAAGUCAUUGGUCCUUUGGGUAUAUUCAUUACAACAAAACGGGCGUUAUUUGAAAUAUUUAUAGACAUUUACAAAAAGUAUCCCAAUGAGCCAGCAGUUGGAGUUGGUUCAAUAUUAAAUCCUGCUCUGUAUGUUAAGGAUCCAACAAAUGUGCAGCAUGUCUUAAGUUUAGAUUUUAACUCAUUUUAUCACAGAGGUUUUGAUGUAAAUGAAAAUGAUCUACUUGCCAAUAACAUCCUUUUUUUUAAAGGGAAUAAAUGGAAAUUGAUGCGCCAGAGUAUGACACCCCUUUUUACGUCAUCAAAACUAAAGAGUAUGUAUUACAUAAUAGAUCGCAGUGCUCAAGAUUUCGUUGAAUAUCUAAAUAAUAAUCCAGAAAAAUUAAAAGGUGAGAUGUUUAAUACAUUAUCUACAUUUAGUAGUGCUGCUAUUGGAGCUGCUGUAUUUGGAAUUGGAACUGAGUCAAUAUUUAAUUCACCCUUCCUUAAAAUGGCUCAAAAAGCUAUGACAGCUACGGUUUCACAAAAUAUUAAGUUUGUGAUAUCUGGUUUCAAUAGAACUUUAUACAAAUUUUUGGGAAUUCAAUUAUAUAAAGAACACGAGGAAUUUUUCAUUGGUGCUGUAAAGAAGGUUAUCCGCCAAAGAGAACAAGAAAAAAUAAGGAGGCAUUACUUUGCAGACCUAUGUGUAAAUAUACAAAAUAAUGGUGUUUUAAAAGACCCUGACAGUGGCUUGGAAAUAUAUCCAACGGAUGAAGUUUUGGCGGCGCAAGCGUUCUUUUUCUUCAUUGCUGGUGUUGAACCAAGUGCAGCCGCUUAG